AUGGCUAUCCUACAGUUUAUGUCCGCUGGCAUGCCUUCAGUGGCCAACCCUACUACUGUCCAUUGCGAUCACUUGAUUGAAGCGCAGGUUGGCGGCGAGAAGGAUUUGGCUCGGGCUGUCAGCAUCAACAGGGAGGUCUACGACUUUUUGUCAUCUGCAUGCGCCAAAUAUAACAUCGGCUUCUGGAAGCCGGGUUCAGGAAUCAUCCACCAAAUUCUUCUUGAGAACUAUGCCUUCCCUGGCGGUCUUCUGAUUGGCACUGAUUCCCAUACACCCAACGCCGGAGGCCUCGGUAUGUGUGCCAUAGGCGUUGGCGGAGCUGAUGCUGUCGACGUUAUGGCAAAUUUACCUUGGGAGCUGAAGGCUCCCAAGAUUAUUGGCGUGAAGCUAACUGGAGAGAUGUCUGGCUGGACAUCACCUAAGGAUAUCAUUCUCAAGGUAGCCGGUAUCCUGACCGUUAAGGGCGGAACUGGUGCUAUCGUUGAGUAUCACGGGCCAGGUGUCGCCGGCAUCUCAGCCACCGGUAUGGGAACCAUCUGCAAUAUGGGCGCGGAGAUUGGCGCAACAACGUCUGUCUUUCCAUUCAACGACCGAAUGUACGAUUAUCUGGCAGCGACCAAGAGGCAAGAUAUUGGCGACUUCGCCCGCGUUUACGCCAAGGAGCUCCGUGAGGAUGAGGGAGCUGAGUAUGACCAGCUGAUUGAAAUCAAUCUUUCUGAACUGGAGCCCCACAUCAACGGGCCAUUCACGCCUGAUCUGGCCACUCCAAUCUCCAAGUUUAGCCAAGCAGCUAAGGAGAAUGGAUGGCCGAGUGAAUUGAAGGUUGGGUUAAUUGGAUCCUGCACUAAUUCCUCAUAUGAGGACAUGUCUAGGGCAGCCUCCAUCGCUCGUGAUGCUUUGAACCAUGGGCUCAAAGCUAAGGCGCUCUUUACCGUCACUCCGGGAUCCGAGCAGAUCCGGGCCACGAUUGAACGCGAUGGUCAGUUACAGACCUUUGAAGAAUUCGGUGGUGUUGUCCUUGCCAAUGCCUGCGGACCCUGCAUUGGGCAGUGGGAUCGCCGAGACGUCAAGAAGGGCGACGCCAACUCGAUCAUUUCGUCAUACAACCGAAACUUCACUGGACGUAACGAUGGAAACCCAGCAACACACUCUUUCGUCACCUCCCCUGACCUUGUGGUUGCGCUCACAGUCGCUGGUUCGCUCCAUUUCAACCCGCUCACCGAUAAGUUGAAGGACAAGGAUGGAAAUGAGUUCCUCUUAGCGCCCCCUACUGGCGAUGGUCUCCCUAGCCGUGGCUAUGAUCCUGGCCAAGACACUUAUCAAGCGCCCCCUAAGGAUAGGGCCGCCGUCCAGGUCCAAGUUUCACCCACCUCAGACCGUCUCCAGAUCCUCUCUCCCUUCUCGACGUGGGAUGGAAAAGAUGCGCUGGACAUUCCUAUCUUGAUCAAGGCGCAGGGCAAAACUACCACGGAUCAUAUUUCUAUGGCUGGCCCCUGGCUCAAGUAUCGCGGCCACUUGGACAAUAUCUCGAAUAACAUGCUUAUCGGUGCCAUUAAUGAAGAGAAUGGAGAGGCUAAUAAGAUCAAGAACUUCACCACCGGCGAGUAUGGCGCUGUACCUGCGGUCGCGAGGGACUACAAGGCCAAGGGUAUCAAGUGGGUUGUUGUGGGUGACUGGAAUUAUGGCGAAGGAAGCUCUCGCGAACAUGCUGCUCUCGAACCUCGCCAUCUCGGCGGUCUCGCCAUUAUUACUCGGAGCUUUGCUCGCAUUCACGAGACCAACUUGAAGAAGCAAGGCAUGCUUCCUCUUACGUUUGCGGACCCCGCUGAUUACGAUAAGCUCCGGCCUGACGACAAGGUUGACAUCAUGUGCACUGAACUUGCAGUUGGCAAGCCUAUGACAAUGCGCGUUCAUCCGAGAAGCGGCCCGUCUUUUGAUGUUCAAUUACAACACACCUACAAUGAGGCUCAGAUGGAAUGGUUCAAAAAUGGAAGCGCCCUAAACACGAUGGCUAAGAAGAACAAAUGA